AUGGCGCCGACCCCAGAGCCGUCCGCGGCGCCCAAGCUCCCGGCCUCGGCAGACUUCAACGCAAUCUUCAACAGCAUAUCCCUCGCCGGGGCGAAGCACCAAAGGUUCCUCAGCUCGGUUCGCGCAAAACAUCACUCUCUCGCACGACCGACCGCUUCCUCAGAAACAUCGACGUCGGUCGCGAUCACGAAAGGCGCCUUCUCAUCCCUCACAAAACCGACAAGCUCCCCAACACCGUCCACGACGAUAUCGAGUAAACGGGCCCGCGGAACGGGAGACGACUCAGACCUGCGCUUCGAAAACCCGAGCGCAGGCAUCGGAUACAACUCUCCCAUGUCCGAAGAGAAGGACUCCGCAGUAACCCGGGAUCUCAGCCGUCGUCUCCUCGGCAAGCGAGGUCGAGAGGUACAUAACAAGGCAGCUACGCAGAAGCGAAGGAUACAGGAGGAAGAGAGUGAGGAGGAGGAGGGCAGGAGUGGACUGGGACGGAAGAAGAAGAAGAGAGCUAGGGUGGAGGCAGACGCUGAUGAGAUGGAAGUGGAAGGUUCUUACCCGGGAGCCGUCCGGAAUCACGAGGGAGGGAAUGCACACGUCGAUGUCUCCGAGUCAAAACCCGACGCUUCCCCAGUAAGCGGGGAUCAGCCUCAGCACGACGCUGCCGGAGAGGACACCGCACCACCCUCGGAGGCUACCACCACCUUGAAGGGCGAAGCUAAGAAGAAGAAGAAUCAGAAGAACAGGAAAAAGACGAAGGCAAACGGCGGCGCGGAGGUCUGA